ACUAGGACUUUUACCGCUGACGUCAGCGGAGGCUGUGAUCUCGGUGUAGUACGACAUAGAUGCGAUUUCGACUCCGCCGCGAAGUGCUUACCGCGAUAUUAGAUAGCCCGUGAUCGCGGUCAGUGUGUGAGAACAGAGGUGUUGCUCGAUGAAAGUGCAGAGCUCGUUAAUGGGAGUUGGCGGUUGGUACGAAUGCUUGGCGGCCGGUUGGCUUGCAGACAUGAGGAGUAAGCAAGUCCCAACGUCUACCACCUCGGCCAGGCGGCUAGCGGCCUUAAUCCGUCCCCUGGCCGGUGGCGGGUCGGAAGGCAAGCCAUCUGAGGAAGAGGAGGAGCGAGGCGGGUCCCCGCUGGGUCCGGGCGGGCCCUUCUCCUGCAGCCAGUGCCGCGGCGCCUACCCCACGCGCGAGCAGCUCGAGCGCCACGAGACGCUGCACGCGCCCAACACACAGGUGGAUACAGUCAAAUAUUCAUGCAAGAUCUGCCACAAGAGCUUCGCAAACGUAUACCGAUUGCAGCGGCACAUGAUAAGCCACGACGAAAGCGCGUUACUCCGCAAAUUUAAAUGCAAUGAUUGCGAUAAGGCUUUCAAAUUCAAACACCAUUUGAAAGAACACUUGCGGAUACACAGCGGAGAAAAACCGUUUGAAUGUGCCAACUGUGGUAAAAAGUUUUCUCAUUCAGGCUCAUACUCUAGUCACAUGACUUCCAAAAAGUGUCUUGUCAUGAAUCUUAAAAUGGGACGAAUUAAACCCAAUAAUCCUGCACUCAACCCUGAAAGAAGUCCAUCUCGUAAGCGGACUAAUGCCAUGGUUGCCUCUCAAUUAAAUAAUAAUAUAUCAACGAAUGGAAAUUCUUUCCUUCCCAUGCCUGCUGCUUUUUUUGCAUCGAUGUCAUCACAAGAGAAUUUCCAUCGUCCGACCCUAGGGCAACCUGGAAUUCCCUUCUAUAUGCCUCCUGGCAUGCCAAUGAGUCCCGCUGGCGGGAUAGCUCCAUACAGUAUACCAGCCACACUCAGCCAAUUUUUAGAGCAGCUAGCUUCAUCUCAGUAUCAGACAAGAAAAAUAGAAAAUCUUAACAGUCCGACGCCUAUUACCCCUCAACCAGCAGAUCCUGAAGAUCUGAUCGAGGAAGUUACGGAAGACGAUGAUAAAAGAUCAGAAGGAAGCGCUGAACUCGUGAUGGACAUUGAGGAUGAAGAGUCUGUAUUGAUAAAAAAAGAGCAGGAAGAACGAGAUACCGAAGCGAGGCCUGCAUCUAGCGAUUUCGAGUCCGUCCCUUUAAAUAAAAACGAGCAUAAUACUGAAAAUCCAGGUUUUAAUUCAAUAUUACAAUCUGUUAGCGCAUCCGUAACGAAACAUUUCUUUCAAGCAAAUUUGGAAAAGCUCUCGCCUGUCUCAGGCAAUGUAUGCCCUAGCAUAGAAUCACCGUCCGCUCCACACGUCACAGUGAAAGAGGAACCAGAAGACACACACAGAUGUUCUAAAUGUAACUUAACUUUCACUAGUAAGAGUGACUUAUUAGAUCACGAGAAAGUGCUUUGUGGAAAUAUGUUUAGGAAACAUGAAGGAUUGGCAGCUCAAGUAGCUGAAACGGUAGCUCUCAAUAGGUUAGAAGCCGAAAUACAUGCCUCCAUACAACAUGGAAUAAGCGCAAGUGAAGACGAAGACUUUAAUAGAGAUGACCGAGACGAUAAAAUAUCAAUUCAUGACAAUGACAGAAAAAUUAGGGUUCGUACAGCAUUAAGUGAGGAGCAACAGAUAGUGUUAAAAGAACACUACGCACUGAACCCUAGACCAAACCGAGAAGAGUUUAAAAGGAUAGCUCAACAGAUCGGUCUAGACAACAGAGUCGUGCAAGUAUGGUUUCAAAACAACAGAGCAAGAGAACGACGAAUGACGCAAACCAUGACCACAUCCGAUCAACCACUAGAUCUAUCUACAAAAAAAUCUAAUCCAUCUGUUACGUCAAGUCCAUCGCCAUCACCACCAUGUAGCAUCUCUGUAACACAUUCUGAUUCAGAAGAAGCGGUCAAUUUAAGCCAGAAAUCAUCACGAAGUACGACUCCUCAUCGUACCAACUAUCUAAAUACUUAUCCACAUUCCAAUUGCUCAUCAUCUUCUUUCACCGAUUUUCGGUUGUCUCCAUCCCCUGGAGAACCUAUUAAUGGGCAUAAACGGUUAUUACCACAAAAAAUACAUGUUAAUCCUUUGGUACCCAUGGAUAAACUGCUUCAGUACAAUGACAUGGCUAACGCUCGAUCUCCAAUUCUGAACAUGCACCUGACUUCUGACAUCAACCGACAAGGUUCCAGUCCAUCAUACGACCGUGCGCCUUGGGAUGAAAUGCAAGCACCGAACGAGACCGAAGACGAAGCGACUGUACUUAAAAAGAGCAAACUCAAACAGGGGGCUGAUAUUAAGGAAGGCGAAGGCCAAUUCGUUUGUGAUCAAUGUGAUAAGACCUUCGUCAAACAAAGCUCUCUCGCGAGACACAAGUACGAACAUUCAGGCCAGCGCCCGUACAAAUGUGUAGAAUGCCCGAAAGCUUUCAAACACAAACACCACCUGACGGAGCACAAGCGCCUGCACACCGGUGAGAAGCCCUUCCAGUGCUGCAAGUGCUUCAAGAAGUUCUCUCACUCGGGCUCCUACAGUCAGCACAUGAACCACAGGUUCGCGAUAUGCAAGCCCUACAGGGACUAGCCUGGAUAUUGCAGCGGUUGUUGAACAACAUUCGUAUUCAUUUCGUUAAAUCAUUUAAAAAAUUCUAGUGCACUUGUUAAUUGUCAAAAAACACCAAAAAUCUGAACAAUUUCGUGUUAAAUGCUUUGAAUUUUAUUAAUAUGCAAAUGAUAAAUAUUUUCCACUAGGGCUAGGACCGCUAGGAUUAUAUUUACAAUUUUUUUUUGCUCUUUACGUCCCUAAUAAUCUCAAAGCCUUAUUUAGAUCAAUUUUGAACAACCUAUAUGCUUUGUCCAAUUUUUGCAAAAGUGCAAGGUGAAAUGUUACCUCAUCGAGUGUUGUACACGCCACGUUCCAAGCCGCAUAAUAAUACUCAGUAAUAAAGUAUUCAUUGCCCGGUAUUUUCGUUUUCAAACUUAAUUAAGUUCAUUGCUCAACAUCAUGAUAUUUUUAUAAUGUAGAAAAUUAUUUGGAUUCCCUAUUUGUAAAAUAAUGCCAAAUAAAUACCUAAACUAAAGUGCCAUACAACAUGCCAAAAAUAUUACUGUACAUGUAGGUAUAUUAAAUGAUUUUGAUUGUAGUUUUUUAUAAUUUAAAUACCAAAGGUCAGUACCUGUAAUAUAAUACUCCAUUGUAAAAAAUGUUAUUUCAUUAUUAUGGUCAAAACCACUAUGAUGUUAUUACAAAAUAUUUUUUAUUCUUUCGCCUCGUUUGUAAUAACACCACAAGGUACAUAAUUUUAGGUAAAAUUUUACUUUUUUAUUUACUUUAAAAUCACAAUUGUACAACUUUUUAUUCAGUGAAUUCAGACUAUUAGGUACUUUUGCUAGCUAAAAACUAAGCAAACUAUCAUGUCAAUAUUUUUCCGAUUGUAAUGCCUGCGAAGUAUAGCUAUUGAAUCAAAAUAAUGUUUACGUAAAUAAAGCCAUUUGCUGCAGCGACCGUUAAUGAUCCUAUUGUGAGCACAAUAUUCUUCAAUAGUUUCGUCUAGUUAUUUAUUCAUUUCUAGCUGUUUCCUCGCGGUUUCACCCGCAUCUUGGGGGAACUUAUUUCCCUACCGCAACAAAAUAUAGAAUGUGUUACUUGGAGAAAGCCUAGCUUCUUAACAGUGAAAGAAUAUUUCAAAUUGGUUCAGUAGUUUCAGAGCUUUGUGGGUACGAAAAAAAAAAACUUCCUCUUCAACAUAUUAGUAUCAUCUAAUUUUGAUAAGAUCUUCGGAAGAACGAGUCGGCUGUAAAGUUUAAUAUGGUAACUGUCUGUAUUUUUUUAGUGACAAUAUUUCCGAAUGUUAGGUAAAUUGU